AUGCCUCUGCGGAAAAAGCUCAAAGCUCGCUCCGUGUCUCCGAGCAAACGAUCAGCAUCUGGGUCGGCUUCACCCACAAAAGAAGUCGAUGACGAUUUCGAGACCGUGGUUACACCGGCGAGCCUGGAAAUCGACCUCGAUGAGGCUAGAAAGGUCACCAACGAUUUCAGGUCUUCUUGCCUCAACAGAGCAACACCAUGUGCUGUUUCGGGUGAAGGAGAGUCGUGGUGUCCAGGUCCUCCCAUUGGUCCCGGCAUCCAGGCUUGCCAUAUCGUCCCCCAGCACCAUUAUCAUGUGUAUCCCGUCGCUGGCGCUGACGCAGAUGACGAUGUACCUUUUGAAGCGAGUAAUCGCAGGCUGAAAGAAGCAUGGCAAAGCACAUGGAGCCCGAGGAACGGCAUCCUACUCAUGAAACACCUUCAUGACUUUUUCGACGCACGCCUCUUCUCCAUACAUCCUCGGACACUCCGCAUCCGAGUUUUUGUCCCAUAUAAUGCUCUGACGAGAUUCAACGGCCAAAGAGCCUCAGUACCUAAUACCAUCGAUCGAAAAGCCCUACGCCAUCACUACGAAAUGUCAUGCAUUGAAAACAUGGCCGCUGAACGACCAAUUCUAGAGAUAAUCUCGCCUACUGCAAGUAGGAUGACUUCAGGCCUGGCGACGCCGCUUACCGCGAAAACUGAUUUGCCCGCAACACCGACCUCCGGAGAUCCGGGCAAUGCGAGGGCAGGCGACCCGACUAAGAAAUCGAGACCAAACUAUCCAGAACAAAACCAACAAAGAGAUAUUUUGACGCCCGGUGACUCGCUAAAUACACUUGAUAUAGCAGAUCAGGUGGUUGAGCGAGGGCAGAAAAGGAAGGGACUAGGUGACGACGACGCUUGUUCGCUGGAUAUGUGGCUAGAGCACGAUAAUCGUGAGGAGUUCCUGAAAGACGUGGACUGGGAACUACGUAAGCUUAAGAAGAGACGUCAACACAUUGGUUAA